CAGGCGUUGCCCCUCCCGCCAACUGAUCAGCAUAUGGGAGGCCGCGGCAUGGCCGGCAUGGGCGGGCACGGCAUGAUGCCCGGCAUGGGGAUGCAGCCGCAGAUUGUGCUGCUGCGCGAGGGUACCGACACUUCACAGGGCAAGCCGCAGCUCAUCUCGAACAUCAAUGCGUGCCAGGCGGUGGUUGACGUGGUGCGGACCACGCUCGGGCCGCGCGGGAUGGACAAGCUGAUCCACGACGAGAAUGGCACGGUGACCAUCUCGAACGACGGCGCCACGCUGAUGAAGAAGCUGCAGGUCGUCCACCCGGCCGCCAACACGCUCGUGCAGAUCUCCAUGUCGCAGGAUGCCGAGGUUGGCGACGGUACCACCUCCGUCGUGCUGCUGGCGGGCGAGUUCCUGCGCGAGGCGAAGCCGUACAUCGAGGAGGGCGUGCACCCGCAGGUGAUCAUCAAGGCCUACCGGCAGGCGGUCGCGCUCGCCACCGCAAAGAUCGACUCGCUCGCCGUCAACCUCGAGCAGAGCGGCGGCGAGGUGCGCGCGAUGCUGGAGAAGAGUGCGGCGACCUCGCUCUCGUCCAAGCUGGUGUCGGGGCACAAGCAGUUCUUCGCGAAGAUGGUGGUGGACGCCGUCCUCUCGCUCGACCAGGCCCAGGGGCUCGACAUGCUCGGCACCAAGAAGGUGGUCGGAGGCUCGCUGCAAGACUCAAUGCUCGUCGAGGGCGUCGCCUUCAAGAAGACUUUCUCGUAUGCGGGCUUCGAGCAGAUGACGAAGCACUUCAAGGCGCCGAAGAUCGUGCUGCUCAACGUCGAGCUCGAGCUCAAGGCCGAGCGUGACAACGCCGAGGUUCGCGUCUCCGACGUCACGGCCUACCAGGCAGUGGUCGACGCUGAGUGGGACAUCAUCUACGACAAGCUCGCGAAGAUCGUCGCGUCGGGCGCAAACAUCGUCCUCUCCAAGCUCGCGAUCGGCGACCUCGCCACGCAGUACUUCGCCGACCGCGGCCUCUUUUGCGCCGGCCGCGUCGAGGACGGCGACCUCAAGCGCGUCGCAAAGGCGACGGGCGCGGCGGUGCAAACCUCGUGCAACGACCUCAGCCCGGGCGUGCUCGGCGCGUGCGGCGAGUUCGAGGAGCGGCAAGUCGGCGGCGAGCGCUUCAACUUCUUCUCCGGCUGCGACAAGGCGAGCACCUGCACCUUCAUCCUGCGGGGCGGCGCGGAGCAGUUCAUCGCGGAGGCGGAGCGAUCGCUGCACGACGCGAUCAUGAACACGCGCCGGCUGCUCCGCCACCCGUCCGUCAUCGCCGGCGGCGGAGCCAUCGAGAUGGAGCUUUCCGCCUACUUGCGCGACGAGUCGCGCAAGAUCUACGGCAAGCUGCAGCUGCUCAUCGGGGCCUACGCAAAGGCGCUCGAGGUGAUCCCGCGCCAGGUGGCCUCAAACUCGGGCAUGGACCCGACUGACGUGCUCAACAAGCUGCGCAUGAAGCACGCGCGCGGAGGAAAGUGGUUCGGCGUCGACGUCAUCGAGAACGGCGUGUGCGACACCUUCGAGGCUUUUGUGUGGGAGGCGACGGUGAUGAAGCGGAACGCGCUGCUCGCUGCGACCGAGGCGGCCUGCCUCAUCCUCUCCGUCGACGAGACGGUGCGCAACCCGGCUUCUGAGAAGCCCGACGCCGGCGGCAUGCCGGGCGGCAAGGGCAUGAUGGGCAAGGGGCGCGGCGGUGGCCGCUUCGGCCGCGGCC